AUGGAUGUGGACGACACUCUCCGGUCGCUCGGAAAAUAUGGCCGUUUUCAGAUUUUACAAUACGUCUACACUCUGAUAUGCAGUCCAUCUGCUGCUUAUCCUCUUGUCAUUUAUGUAUUUAUAGGUUAUAUACCAGACUUCCAGUGCAAGUUUCCAAGUGAUCUUUUGACAAAUUAUUAUAGAGAGACUAAUGGAUCGCAAAACGUCACGAUGUAUACACGUCAAUGUGACGUCAUUCUCGAGACAAACAGGUCUGGUGUUGUGACACAAGACAUCUUACCCUGUACAGAUGGAUAUGAUUUUUUUGGACGUGAAACCACGAUAUCAGAGUGGAAUUUGGUGUGCCAGUCGGAAGGCCUGGGAAGUAUGCCGUCUACCAUGGUGGCCGUUGGGCAGAUGAUCGGUGCAAGUUUGUUUACAGCGCUGUCUGACAAAUACGGUCGUUUGGUGGUAACUUACACUACGUUUAUCGGUACAUCGGUGUGUUUUAUACUGACUGCUGUGGUUCCGUGGUUCUUUGGAUUUGUCAUUCUCAGACUACUGACCGGGGCCUUCGCCCAGGGAUUUGGUUUAGUAUUAGCCACAAUACAAGUAGAGCUGUUUCCUGCAGAAAGUAGAGGGUUUGUGAGCUUUGUGGGCAACCUUAUGUGGACGUUCUCCAUAUCCUCUAUAGCACUGAUCGCCUACCUCCUUAGGAGCGUCUCCUGGCGCUACACAAUGCUGACUGCGGGACUAGUAGGAGUUCACAGUCUUGGAACACGAUGGAUACUGAAAGAGUCCCCUCGAUGGCUCGUAGUAAACGGCAGGUAUGAAGAGGCUAAAGUCUGGAUCAGAAAAGCAGCCAAGUGGAACAGGAAGGACGCAGCCAUUAUCCUCGCUGACCUAAAUUUGGCGUUAGAGAAUGGAAACGUUCAAGGACAUGCUGAAAACAAUACAAAUACAGAAAUUCUUAAUUCACAGAUAAAUGAUGUUAAUGAAAGGACAGAAAAUAUAAACUUGUCUUCACAUCUGGAGGAGAAGUUGUCGGUUUUGGAUAUAUUCAGGAAUCGCCGAAUACUCAUAACUUCUGUGAUUGUGUGGAUCAUAUGGUUUGUGAACAGUAUCACUUAUUAUGGCCUCUUUCUGACGUCAGGAACAAUGAAUGGAGACAUGUAUCUAAAUUUCUUCUUAAAUGGAUUGGUGGAGAUACCCAGUGUGUUCCUGUAUAUGUUUACUAUAAACAGAUAUGGUAGAAAGAAAACCUGUAUCAUGUUUCAUGCUAUAGCUGGGGUGUGUCUAUCGGUUUCUGCAGUCCUCAUGUACCUGAAAGCUUCUCUAGUAAUGGAAGGAUUUGCAACUGCCUUCAGUUUAGUGGGAAAGUUCGGUAUAUCGGGAUCCUGGAUGACAAUAUUCUUAUAUACAGAAGAAGUGUACCCAACUAAUCUAAGAGCACUAGGUAUAGGACUGGCAUCGUGCUCAGCCAGAAUAGGUGCGAUGAUAUCACCAUACGCAGCACUUUUCGGAACUCAUAUACCCUGGGGACCUGGUGUCGUAUUCGGAAUUUUGUCAGUAUUAGUGACUGUUUUAAUUAUAUGGUUACCCGAAACAACUGGGAAAGAAUUACCUAACACCCUCGAAGAGGUUAACGAUCUUUACGUCCAAAAGAAGGAUGAUCAAUAAUGAUACACAAAUCCUUACUAAUUUAGACAAAUUAGAAUUGUUAAAGCUUUCAUAUUUUAAUGUCUGGACAAUAAUUCUUUCGAUACAAUCCUCGUGAUAUGAUUUUGAUGAUUGUAUGAAACGUAAUAUACGUAUUGAGAUAUAAUUAUUGUAUGGUUACACAGUAUAUUGAACUGCAAAGUACGCUUAUUUAAGAUGCAUAGUUCUGUGUGAUGUUGUUUAUCUACAUCUAAACGUUGAAUGCAAGUAAAACAAGAAAAGUUAUCAGAAGUUAGUAUUCUAAUAGUAUGUAGGUUAUGAGUUGAUGUAGGCAUAAUAUAGAUUAGCAAACACUGAUGUUAUAUGUUGUAUCUUUAGUGUAUUAUGCCGUCAAAAAGUAUGCUAAUUCUUGUUUAAUGUGUCUUAUUUACACAAGCAAGCCUUACUGACAUUUAACAGUAUUACUUCAUGUUAAAGAACGUCAGUAUAUUACAAGUAUUUUCAUAAUAAUGGUGCAGUUCAAAAAUAAAUGAUCUGCAAAUCUUAGAUGUACAUGAAGAUAUCUAAAGUACGCAAACAUAUGCUGGCUUUUAGUAGGCAACUCAAAGUCUCUAACCCACUAUUUACUGCUCAGCAUUUAA